AAGCAAUUGGAAACACAUUGUUUAAAGUUGAGUUGUAUUUAUGUUCUCAUAACUCAUAAUUGGUCAAUGUCCAUGUUUAUCUCGCCGUAUUUUCGUGUUUUGCAUUCCUAAAAACUCAAUUUCCCAUGAAGCUUUGCGGCAUCACUUGAUGCUUCGCUGCUCUCACAUGACAGAAUCAACAUAUCUCUGACCAUACAAGUUAUAACGAGUUACCACACUUCCCGAAAAACAAAAUUGAUGUCCACAACGAACAGAAAGAUAAGCCCGUACAGUUAUGUCAGUCAUGGCGCCUUCUCCUGAAAAAAAACUGACAGGCCUUGUUGCAGCAACGUUUACUCCAUUCACCCCAGAAGGUGAACUCAACCUAGUAAAGAUUGGACCUUAUGUUGACUACUUGACAAAGAAGCAAGGUGUUAAUAGAAUAUUUGUCAACGGCACCACCGGAGAGAGCAUGUCUCUCAGUGUUGCAGAGAGGAAGAUCCUGGCUGAGGAGUGGUGUGAGAAAGCCAAGGGAAAAAUGCAUCAGGUCAUUGUGCAUGUUGGCUGCAUGAGCCUCAAAGAUUCCCAAGAACUGGCUCGCCAUGCCGCGGAGAUCAAGGCUGAUGCAAUCGCAGUCAUUGCCCCCUCCUUCUUCAAGCCCAGUACUACAGACGCGUUGAGGUCAUUCCUCCAGAAAGUGGCGUCACAUGCCCCAAAUCUACCUUUCUAUUAUUACCAUAUUCCAUCUGUCACCGGUGUUAAUGUGCUGGUGAGAGAUGUGUUGGAAGGUAUUGAGGAGCUCAUUCCCUCGUUCAGUGGUGUGAAGUUCAGCGGGAGUGACCUGAUGGACUUUGGCCAGUGUGUCAGCUACAGCCAGCCUCACUGGUCACUCUUCUACGGCAUGGACGAGCAACUGCUUGCAGCUCUGGCGAUGGGCGCCAACGGAGCAGUCGGAAGCACAUAUAACUACGUAGGAUGCCCCGUCAACGAGCUCAUAUCCGCGUUCGAGAAAGGCGACCUUGUCCAAGCCAGGACAAUCCAGUUCAAGAUGCAAGAGCUUCUCCGUUAUGCCUCAAAACUUGGCUUUGAUCUGGGAGUGAACAAGCAGCUGAUGAAUGAGGUGUCAGGCUUGUGUCUCGGGCCCCCUCGGCUCCCCGUGAUGCCGUGUCCUCACGCCCACGCUCUGUCCAUCACACAGAAAUAUCACAGCAUUUUCCCUGAAUACUGAUGUUUAUGCUGGAUUGUUGAAAUUCCUCAACUCAACGCAGCAAUUCUGACUUAAACAUUAAACCUCAAUGUUAAAAAGGUAAAAAUGUUCACGAUGGAGGAAAUCUCACGUUAACAAAUAUUUUAAUCUCGGUGUGUAUUAUUUCACAAAACGUGUAAUGUUUAAAUCAUAUCUCCAAUUACAAAAAGGGGAAUGUGUCAUUGUUGUUGUUGCUGCACUUAGGGAACUUGGGAGUCUGUCACACAUCAGCAGUGUUACAUUAUUCUGUACUGUGUAAACUGAAUCUCAUUUUAGGAGUUUCAGUACUUACAAAACCUUGUUUUGUAAUUCACAUGGCAUUCAAAAAAAUGAAAUAUGAUUAUGACUAUUCAAGUCAUAGUUUUUGUGUUUUAGGUUCUCCAUCACUGAAAUAAAAGUUUGUAAAAUGUUUUAGCUUGAAAAUUUAAGAUGCUAUUUCAUGAAAGUAUGAUCACUCCAGAAAAGGGAAAAUGACGUAUUAAAGGUUGCAAGAAAAGAGCGUAAAACCCUCGAAAAUGAGAUUCCUUAUGAAAUAAUUACUUUCUGAAUUACUUAUUAAAGGGACAUGCAUUGUGUAAUUAUGUAUUGUUUUAACAAAUAGUCACUGAUUUCAUACUAAUAAAUAAAUAAAUAAAUGCAUUGAUUCAUU